AUGUUACCUCAUAUGUACUCCCACCCAGAACCUGUCAUCAACCACAUUCUGUCUACUGCUUUCCAGACCCUGUCAUCUGCCAUCUCCUGCCUACUGUCACCCAGACCCUGUCAUCUGCCAUCCCCUGCCUACUGUCACCCAGAACCUGUCAUCUGUCAUCCCCUGCCUACUGUCACCCAGAACCUGUCAUCUGCCAUCCCCUGCCUACUGUCACCCAGACCCUGUCAUCUGCCAUCCCCUGCCUACUGUCACCCAGAACCUGUCAUCUGCCAUCCCCUGCCUACUGUCACCCAGAACCUGUCAUCUGUCAUCCCCUGCCUACUGUCACCCAGAACCUGUCAUCUGCCAUCCCCUGCCUACUGUCACCCAGAACCUGUCAUCUGCCAUCUCCUGCCUACUGUCACCCAGAACCUGUCAUCUGCCAUCCCCUGCCUACUGUCACCCAGAACCUGUCAUCUGCCAUCCCCUGCCUACUGUCACCCAGAACCUGUCAUCUGCCAUCCCCUGCCUACUGUCACCCAGAACCUGAUCAUCUGCCAUCCCCUGCCUACUGUCACCCAGAACCUGUCAUCUGCCAUCCCCUGCCUACAGUCACCCAGAACCUGUCAUCUGCCAUCCCCUACCUACUGUCACCCAGAACCUGUCAUCUGCCAUCCCCUGCCUACUGUCACCCAGAACCUGUCAUCUGCCAUCCCCUGCCUACUGUCACCCAGACCCUGUCAUCUGCCAUCCCCUGCCUACUGUCACCCAGAACCUGUCAUCUGCCAUCCCCUGCCUACUGUCACCCAGAACCUGUCAUCUGCCAUCCCCUGCCUACUGUCACCCAGAACCUGUCAUCUGCCAUCUCCUGUCUACUGUCACCCAGAACCUGAUCAUCUGCCAUCCCCUGCCUACUGUCACCCAGAACCUGUCAUCUGCCAUCCCCUGCCUAGUCACCCAGACCCUGUCAUCUGCCAUCUCCUGCCUACUGUCACCCAGAACCUGAUCAUCUGCCAUCCCCUGCCUACUGUCAUCCAGAACCUGUCAUCUGCCAUCCCCUGCCUACUGUCACCCAGAACCUGA